AUGGCGAUCCACGAUAGUGGAGACAUUAAAACGGGCAAUACAACACUAUUUUACAGUGGGACUAACAAUGGAAGGCAUGAGAAUGGAGUAGGUUUCAUGAUUAAUGAGAAAAUUCUUCAUAACACAAAGAGCUUCACACCUGUAAAUGACCGUAUUUGCUACAUUAAAAUAUCUGGACGACUUUUUGAUCUAAUUCUAAUCAACUGCUAUGCUCCUACAGAGGACGAAGCCGAUGAUAUAAAGGAAAAGUUUUAUGACGAACUUGAGACAGUGGUGAAUAGCCUACCUACUCAUUGUUUGAAAAUGAUAGUUGGUGAUUUUAAUGCUAAAAUAGGUAGAGAAAACAUAUACAGACCCACAAUAGGACCAGAUAGCCUGCAUGAAGUAAGUAAUGACAACGGUACAAGACUAAUUCACUUUGCUACAUCACAAGAACUAACAAUUAGUAGCACUUAUUUUCCAAGAAAAGAUAUUCACAAAUACACUUGGGUCUCUCCAAAUGGUCGAGUUCACAAUCAGAUAGAUCAUAUAAUGAUAAACAAAAGACAAGCCAGUUCUAUCAGAAAGGUGAGAACUUUUAGGGGAGUGGAUGCUGACUCAGAACAUUACCUAUUAUUUGCACAAUUUAAUCUUAGGCUCUCAACAAAAUGGAAUAUGGUGAAAAAAUCAACUAGAGUAAAGUAUAAUAUACAAAUAUUAGAAGAUUCUGAAGUUCAAAAGAGAUUUGUUAAAAUGAUACAAGAAAAUAUUCAAAUAAAACAACCAGAAAAAGAAACGCAAACAAUUGACUCUCUUUGGUGUAAUCUAAAAGAAGCAGUAACCAACAGUGCUAGAGAGCAUUUAGGUAUUGAAAAAAGCAGAAGAAUUGGUUAG